CACUGCUGCUCAUCAUUGCUGAGGAGUGACUACGGUCUGCCGGUCUCUACAGGAAUCGUAAGUCUUAAAGGACAACAUCUGACAUGUGUGGUAUAUGGGCCUUGUUUGGCAGUGAUGAGUGCCUGUCAUCUCAGUGCACCAGUGCCAUGAAGAUAGCUCACAGGGGCCCUGACGCCUUCCGCUUUGAGAACGUCAAUGGCUUCACCAACUGCUGCUUUGGCUUCCACCGCCUGGCUAUCGUGGACCAGCUGUAUGGCAUGCAGCCGCUGCGCAUCAAGAAAUUUCCCUUCUUGUGGCUCUGCUACAACGGAGAGAUUUACAACCAUCUCACGCUGAAGAAGGAGUUUGAUUUCGAUCACCAGACCAAAGUGGACGGUGAGAUUCUGCUCCAUCUGUACGAUCGCUUCGGCAUCGAGAAGAUGGCCUCCCUCCUGGACGGUGUCUUCGCUUUCAUUCUGCUGGACACCGCCAACAGAAAAGUCUUCCUGGGAAGAGACACGUAUGGCGUGCGGCCUCUGUUCAAACUCCUCACAGACGAUGGAUUCCUGGCAGUUAGCUCAGAAGCCAAAGGUCUCAUAGAUAUCAACCAUGCAAUGGCCUCCCCUGCCAACAUCGUCCCUUUCCUCCCCGGACACUACGAGGCCUUUGAUUUGAAGCAGAGUGGCAAAGUGAAGCCUAUUAAGAUGGAGCCGUUUCACUGCUGCACAAAAGAGCCUGCUCAUGCUGUCUAUGACAUCGUGGAGAGACUACCAACAAGUUUCGACGAGGACACGGUGAAAAGCAACAUCAGAACCCUGUUUGAGAACGCAGUCAAGAAACGUCUCAUGGCUCACAGGAGAAUCGGUUGUCUUCUGUCAGGUGGUCUGGACUCUAGUUUGGUUGCUGCUACACUGGUGAAACUGGCCAAAGAGGAGAAGCUGCAGUAUCCCAUCCAGACAUUCUCCAUCGGCUCAGAGGACAGUCCUGACAUCUUAGCUGCACGCAAGGUUGCCGCCUUCAUCGGCAGCGAGCACCACGAGGUGAACUUCACCGCAGAAGAAGGCAUCCAGGCUGUAGAAGAAGUCAUCUUCCACCUGGAGACCUAUGACAUCACCACCAUACGUGCCUCUGUUGGUAUGUACUUGGUUUCAAAGUACAUCAGGGAGAAGACAGACAGUGUGGUGAUCUUCUCUGGAGAGGGCUCAGAUGAGCUGACUCAGGGAUACAUUUACUUCCACAAGGCUCCAAAUCCCAAAGCAGCAGCAGAGGACAGUGUUCGCCUGAUGAAAGAACUCUACCUGUUUGAUGUUCUCCGUGCUGAUCGCACCACUGCUGCACACGGUCUGGAACUCAGAGUGCCUUUCCUGGACCACAGAUUCACAGCGUACUACCUCUCCCUGCCUGAGGAGAUGAGGGUUCCUAAGAAUGGAGUGGAGAAGCAUCUGUUGAGAGACUCUUUCAAAGGUCUGAACUUGAUCCCCGAUGAGAUCCUGUGGAGACGUAAGGAAGCCUUCAGUGACGGUAUGAUGUCAGUGAAGAAGUCCUGGUACACCUGCCUGCAGGACCAUCUAGAAUCUAUGGUCAAUGACACCCAGCUGGAGAAAGCUCCCAAGACCUACCCUCACAACCCCCCUCUCACCAAAGAGGCCUACUACUUCAGACAGGUGUUUGAGAAGAACUACCCCGGCCGGGCCGAGUGGCUCUCCCACUACUGGAUGCCACGCUGGACCAACGCCACCGACCCAUCAGCCCGCACGCUGACUAUCUAUAAACCUGAUAAAGACCAGUAAUGGACCGGAACAGCUGUGGGGUCUGCGUCUGUCAUUCACCACUUCUCUGCUACAUGUCAUUUUUUACCCUGUCCUAUUCAAAUUGAAGUAAUUUGGAACUAUUUUGACGCGUCACUUGUGUCACCCUGUAUGAGUUUGUCGGACUGUGAUGGAGUUCAAUUGUAGCUGUACUGUACAAAGAGUUCUAAGUUCUUGUUACUCAUUUUGCUUUGUGCAGCUGACUGUGCUACGAAAGCUUUCAUCAGUCAUUGUUUUACAGCUAAAUUUAACAAACUCCAUUAAAGUCUGUCAAAGAACAAUAAAUACUUCCUGAAGUACAACAAAAUCUGGUCAACAAACAUCAGGGUUAGCUGAUGUGUCUGUGAUAUUUUCAAUUUAUUUAAAGGACCAGUGUGGGAAAAAGUGGCAUCUAGUGGCGAGAUUGUAGAUUGCAACCAACACAAUUCCAUUCCCCUCAGUGGCUGUGAAACUCAUAAAAACAAGCAAACAUGAAAAGCACUCUCUAGAUACAGAGUUUAGUUUGUCUGUUCUAGACUACAGUAGAAAUAUGCCGGUGUAAAGAUAUAAAGGACUCAUUACAAUUAUUGCUUUCAUUUGAUCACUAAUUCUGAACAUUAUAUUCCAUUUCUGCCAAAUUCAUUCUGCUAGAUGCCACUAAAUUCUACACUCUAUUCCCUUGAAGGGCCAUAUGGUUGGUUUUGUUUUAGUGCUUACCUUACCCUUUUUUAUUUUAAAUUAUCAGCCUUUUUUUUUUAAUAAACUGUGCUAUUACUUUCUACCUUCCAGGCAGCCAUUUGUUUCAGUUCAUUUCAUUAUGCUAACAAAUAAUGAAAAUUAACCUGCAGAGACUUGAAACUUAACUUGAGAAAGGUAAUCCAUCACAGCAAACGCCUGGCCCUCUUUUUCAGGUACCACAAGGCUUUGAGCAUUUCUAGGGUUGUCUGUCUACCUUGAGCUGCUUAACCAACAAAAAUAUUAUUCUGACUCUACAUGCUGUUAAACUGGCUUUUCUGUGGCGUCAUAUUAUUUAAUUUAUUUUCAUAAGUAUUAUCAUAUAAUGAGCCCCAGUAAAAUUAGUCUCAUUCUAGUUAGGUAACAAAAAGAGAUGUCUAUUUAUAGAUACUGUGUCCUCAUAAAUUACCAUAGACAGAAAUCAAUCUAUUUUAAUAAAAUAACUUAAAAUCAUACUGAAUCUGAGUGAAAUGACUUUAAUAUUUGCCCAGAUGUUUCAUUUGUUGGUUUGUGUAUGUAGGUGCUAAUACCAAAAAGGCUGAUACAGCUUGUCGAUUAGUAUAAUAUGCAUUUGGUGUAAAGGACAUGUGUGCUUGGUUUAUCACUGGGAAAUAGGUCUGGCUUGUACUCGCUAGGUACUUGUUAUGUAUGUGUGUGUGCAUCUGUGUGCGCAAGAUAAUGUUUGAGUUAGGGUCGGGCUGAAAGAAAUUUGCUAGCUGUUGGAUUGUUCCAUCAGGAUUUGCAACUUAAUUUAACUUUUGUAGGGAUUUUUUUUAUAUUAAAAUAAAAAGUUAAAAAUACAGUGAUGCUUUAUCCGUAUGGCCAACAUCUUCAAAGUGUUGAAUUUAUGAUUGAAAAAUAAACAGUGGACAAUAAAAAUAAGACCUAACAAUAUACUGCAAUUAGCCAUGAACUACUUUGUCCAAUCCCUAUCAUAACCAUUAUCUGUCUGACUUGCUUCCUUGUAAUUGUUUCAUUCUAAGAACUGUUCAAAUAAAUUCAUCCUCUCGACACUGAAA